GAAAAUCGUGACAAUGUAAAUAUAUAUCUUAUUAUUUUAAAUUUCUGUCUUAAUAAAAGGAAUGUAUAUAGAUAUUAUGCGAUAUCGUAACUGUAUCCCGAAAUAAUUUUUAUCAGCUAUUAUGCAAUAAUAUGGGAAUCCCUGUAUUUUAAAUUCGAGAUCAUUAUAAUUACACAACUAUACAAGUUUUUCCUUUAAUUUCAAAUCAGUUUGAGAAUAUAGUUGUAAAUACAUUUGGAGAGUGCUCUUUUUCAGUUCUUUUUUUAGUUUGCUAAUGUAUAUUUGAACAGCUGUAUUAAAAAUUUAUAUACAUCGCUACCGUCGGCGCUGUUACCCUAUUUGGUAGUAUUUGGUGGUUUAUUGCCUACUUCUGUAGGUUAUGCCAUAAAUACUUAGAGUAGGAUUAAUGUAAUAAAACUAUCACAGGGGAUGUCCUCUGUGAUACAAUAAUUUUCACAAUCGUAGUAUAAAAAUACGCAUACAAUACGGCUACGUCAAACGGAAGAUGAUAAAAUCAAGUGACGCGAUUAACUUAUCGCAUCGAACUUUUUGUCCGUGAGCGAUAUCCUGUAAGAUAAUCUAUCACGGGAUUUUCGCACAUUUUAUAAAAGAAAUGAAGUACCGAACGUUUUCUUGAACGAAGUAAAGCGUCUGGAAAAAAAACUACCGGCCUAAAAUGUAUACAUUAUUAUAAUCGAUAAUGAUAUGCGUUAAAUGUUCAACCUUACAAAUUCAGCUAUAUCAUUACCCGAAGGACUUAAGAUUAUUUACGGUAAAUAUUAAUGUUCGAAAAACAAAUGACACAUAGCGUACAGUAGUUACAAUUCAUUCCAAUCUUCUUUUUCAACCGUUUUGGAACGACUGAGAUUUGUUUCUACUCUAUUAUAAUUCAUUUUGGUAAACGUUCAUUUAUUUCAUUCUAAACUGUUCCUCAUGCUGUGAACAUGUAAUGUGAUAUCAUUCACAAUUUGCUUCUACUCCACAAGAUUAUGGCUAUAAUCAUGUAGAAUUUAGUAUAAAGAAGAUGACGCCUCAUUUUGUAGCUUUAACACCUAUGAGAAGGAGAUGUUUGAUCAUAUUGUCGAUAGUAUUAAUACCGUGUGUUAUUUUAAAUCUCUUACCGCCAUCAGAAUUACACGAAGAAACUAUCCUGCAGAACAACAUUGCAGAGCUGCAAGCUAAAUUAGAACACUUGCAUACUAAAUAUGUUACAAGUCAAGAAGAGAUCAGUCUGUUGUCACACCAGUUGUUACAAUUAAUGGAGAACAAUCAUAUUCUGCCAGAUCUGCAGUUUUUACUUAACAAUACAACAUCAAAUGUGACCAAUAUAAAAUUGCCUUCUAUAUACAAUUUUCUUCCACAUUUUUUAAAUGAUCCCAAUAGUCUACGUCCAGCAUUUGUUCAAAGUAAAGGACGUACCGGAGUUAGCGUGGUGUUAGGUGUACCGACAGUGAAAAGAGAAGUACAGAGUUAUUUAAUGGCCACACUUAAAAAUUUACUGGAUCGCAUGAAUCCUGUAGAAACAGCGGACACAUUAAUCAUUGUGUUCAUUGCUGAAACGGAUCUAGAAUACGUGACGUAUGUUGCAAAGCAAAUUGAAGUUCAAUUCCCAACAGAAUUUGAGACUGGAGUAAUCGAGGUGAUAUCUCCUUCACCGUCGUACUACCCAGAUUUGUCUAAAUUGCGUGAUACAUUAGGAGACGACCAUCAAAGAGUAGUUUGGAGGUCGAAACAGAAUUUAGAUUUUGCAUUUCUUAUGUCGUACGCCCAGACGAAAGGAACAUUUUAUGUACAAUUAGAAGAUGAUAUUUUAGCUAAGAAGAAUUUUAUAACUACAAUGAAAUCUUUUGCAUUGAAAAAAAUUGCAACUAAAGAAAAUUGGUUCGUCUUGGAUUUUUGUCAGUUGGGAUUUAUUGGGAAGUUAUUUAAGUGCGCAGAACUGCCAUGGUUGAUCCAAUUUUUUUUAAUGUUUCAUAACGACAAACCAGUUGAUUGGUUAUUAGAUCAUUUGGUGUCGACUAAAGUUUGCAGUCUCGAUAAAGACAGCAAACAUUGUAAGAGGGCUAAAGCAGAAUUAUGGGUUCAUUACAAACCCUCUCUAUUUCAACACAUAGGAACACACUCUUCAUUAAAAGGAAAAGUACAGAAACUAAAGGAUAAACAAUUUGGGAAGAUAACAUUGUAUUACGCACAUGAAAAUCCGGAAGCAACAGUAGAGACACAAAUUAAACCAUACAAGCAAUAUACAUUACAAAAGGCUUACAAAGGUGAAUCAUUCUUUUGGGGUCUUUUACCGCAGCCAGGAGACCAUCUGAAAUUCAAAUUUUCUCACCCUAUUUUUAUAAAAAGGUACUUAUUUAGAAGUGGAAAUCCCGAACAUCCAUCCGAUAGGUUUUAUAAUACUACAGUAGAAGUUUUUACCGACCUAUCUGCAUCCUUAAACAGAAAUAGUAAUGACAUUACCGAGGAUGGAUACAUUAUUAUAGGUAAAUUUGAUGCACUUGGGAUUGCUCAGGGUACGGUAGAUCGAAAGCUAGGGAAAGUAUUAAUACUACGGUUGACUGUACACAGUGAAAGUGAAAAUUGGGCUAUUCUGUCGGAGAUCCACAUAGUGGAAGAUCAUCCCAGUUGACGCCCAGAGAAGAUAUUUCGGAAAUUUUUUCGCUACCGUUUACAGUGAUAAUAAGUAUAAUACGUUGGUUAUUAAAUUAUUUUUAGUUUUA